CACCACACUACUUUAGUAUAAAAAUAUAUGAACCGCAUUUCAUAUUUACGCCUUCAUUUAAUUUUUCCUUUAUCUAAUACCAAACUUCAUUAAACCCAUUUCUCCAUCCAAUUCUAUAUAAUAUAAUAAAUAAAAUCACAAGAACAAGAAAUCAUAUCAGCAAUCUCAAUGGAAGGUGUUUCCGCAAGCAUGUACACCAGGGUCAAAAGUUACUGGCGGAGGAAAGGUUACCAGAGAAUAAACAAUGACUCCGGCAGACGGCGGGGGAACUCGGUCAAGCUCGGUGGCGCAACCACCGCCUCUGCUGCACCGAGGAGGAGGUUCUGGAGGAUAAAAAUGAGGCCGAAGCUUAAAAUCUUGAAAAUAUCGUCUCCGAAGAAGUUCUUUAUGUGGCUACGUGAUGCGUAUGUUAAUAUGAUGCUUGGAUUUGCUAACUCUCGUGUUAUUGGACCUGGCUACGACGGCGGCGAUGGGAUUAUUAAUAACUUCGGUAAGCGUCCGAUGAAGGAGUACGACGAGAAGAUGAUUAUGGCGAUCUAUAAGUCUUUGGUUAUGGGACAGAGCCACUUGGCUCACGGUGGUGAUCUACCGAACAGGUUAGGCUCCGUCACCGUGCCUAGACUUACUGCUGUCGUAGAGUAGCUCAUGUAUAGUUAGAUUCUGGUUGAGUCAUCUAAAAAAUUCUCAAGAAAAUUUGGGAUUGUUAAAUUUUAUGAUCUGUAGUUUUUCUUGAUUUUAUUUUUCUAUGUUUUAAUCAAGUUGUUAUUAUUGUAGUAAUUAGUAAUAA